AUGAAUGCGCAUGCAGGGGACCCAAACUUUUUGGAGUCCGUUGAUAUUUAUUUCGACAAGGCUGCUGCCAUCUGCCAUGUGCCAGGGGACAUCCUGGGACAGAUAAAGGGAUGCAACAAUGUUCUCAAGGUUCAGUUUCCACUGAAAAUGUCGAAUGGCACGGUCGAGCUGAUCGAAGGCUACCGAGCACAGCACUCUCAUCACAGGCUUCCAGGUGAGCCCUUUGAAUGA